UUCCUUUAUUUUUCGAUUUUAUUGAAAGCAUCAUUUCCACAACACGAGAAAUACGGCGGAAAAUUGUUUUUUAAAGUUAAUGUCAAAGUAGAUUCUCUUUUUGGUUCAGAUUUCAACCGAGUCUUUUUCAACGGUGCAGUUGUACUGUAAAAGUUUCGGCCAAUCAGGAACGGCGAAAAAAUUAUGUGUUGCUAGCUGAGCUUAGAGCUGCCAACUAACAACUCGUCGCCAUUUGGUUGCUGUGUUUUCUGCAUUAUUCUGUAAACUACAUAAAGACAAAGCGAUCUGACUGCCGCCGGUUUCGCAGUCAAGCCAGCCAGACAGUCUUGGAAAAAGGGUAGGGAUUCUGAUCGUGUUUUGGACUUUGAAAUUUCGCAAGGAAAACGUCACCGUGUCCUGCAACCAUGGCGAAAAGCUUCGAUGUAUCGUCCUUCGUCAAGGAUUUGAUGGCGGGCGGGACGGCGGCUGCCAUUUCUAAGACGGCUGUGGCGCCCAUUGAACGUGUCAAACUUUUGCUCCAGGUUCAGGCUGCCUCCACACAGAUCACAGCGGACCAACAGUACAAGGGCAUCGUGGACUGCUUCAGUCGCGUGACCAAGGAGCAGGGUUUUCUCUCCCUCUGGCGGGGCAACCUGGCCAACGUCAUCCGCUACUUCCCCACCCAGGCCCUCAACUUCGCCUUCAAGGACAAGUACAAGCAGAUAUUCCUGAGUGGGGUGAACAAGAAGACCCAGUUCGCACGCUACUUCGUCGGGAACCUGGCGUCUGGCGGUGCGGCCGGUGCUACCUCGCUGUGCUUCGUCUACCCGCUGGACUUCGCCAGGACUCGCCUGGCAGCCGACAUCGGGAAAGCCGGCACCGGCAGCCGGCAGUUCAAGGGUCUGGGAGACUGCCUAACUAAGAUCGUCAAGUCGGACGGUAUCAUCGGUCUGUACCGGGGCUUUGGGGUAUCCGUCCAGGGGAUCAUCAUCUACCGGGCUGCUUACUUCGGCACGUAUGACACCGUGAAGGGAUUGAUUCCAUCCCAGUACAACAACAUCCUGGUGAGCUGGAUGAUCGCUCAGACGGUCACCACCGGCUCGGGUGUGGUCAGCUACCCCUUUGACACCGUGCGUCGCCGCAUGAUGAUGCAGUCGGGACGUAAAGACGUCAUGUACAAGAACACCAUGGACUGCUGGAAGAAGAUCUUCAAGCAGGAAGGACCGUCUGCCUUCUUCAAGGGAGCCUUCUCCAACGUUCUCAGGGGCACCGGCGGGGCUCUGGUGCUAGUGUUGUAUGACGAGAUCAAGGCACUCCUCUAAAGCUCCUGACAAAUACCUCCCACCUGACAUAAUUAUAUAUACCUUCCGCCCUUUUUUCAAAUUUCUAUAGUUUCAUAUUCCGAUGAUACAUUCGUUACAAAAGUACGCUUUGUUUUAGAUUGUAGAGCCCUACGUAACGCAGGCUUCAAGUAUAAUACAUUUUGGGUUUUAAAUUUCAUAAAAUAAAUAUUUUCAGGGCUGGUUUAACAUUGUAAACAUUAGAAAUCUCGACCCAUAUUGGUUCAGGCUAAAUGAAUCAGUCCGUUAUAAUGUAUUGUUUGAGUAAUAAGAGAAAGCAAUUGGUUUUACAAGAGAUUUUGAAAGGCAUCAACUGUUCAGGUUUUCAGCAAAAAAAAUGACUCAGUGGGCAGAAUAAAUUUGAAACCCAACUCGCAGUAUCAACCAAA